GCCACUCACGCCCGAAUCCUGUCUGUCAAAAUGUUGGGACGUUUUGUGUGCGAAUAAAACGGAGAAAACGAGGAAAGUACAACAAAACGUCGUAAUUUUGUGAAUUUCGCGAAUUCCUUGGAAUAUUGGUUGUGUUUGACUCGGGUCGCCAUGAGCGCCAGCGACAACAGUGAAGAUGGGCAGCUGAGCAGCCCGUUGGAAUUGAGCGGUGCCGAAGAGGAAACGACCGAUUCCCUGGAUAUCAAACCCCCGCAGGCGUCGUCGGCCAGUUAUUACACGAAACGAAAGGAGAAGAAAUCGAAACAUUCCAAGGAACAUCAGCGCCAUGCGAGCACUUCCGGAAGGGAGCACUAUUCCGAUUCGAGGCGGGAAGGCUAUCGCGGCCACCGGGAGCGGGAAAGGGAAAGGGAUCGCUACCACAAGGAAGCCAGAAUGGAGCGGCCGAGAGAACGGGGUCACGAAAAAGAACGGUACCAUUCGGCUUCUUCUUCGGGGCACCAUUCGAAGGAAAGCCGGUACGAGAUGAAUCCAUUCUAUGGAGAAAUGAGGGAAACCUAUCAGAGCAGAAAGGAGAGGGAUCGGGAGUAUUAUGAGAAGGAGCGCGACAAGCGGAAGGAAGUGGAGAAACAAGAUCCGGACAAAUUACUGGAGGAUUUGAGAAUGAGGCUGCUCAAUAAGAAGAGCAAGUACGAUUCCACAAAGCAGCAGGAGGAUCAUGCUCAGCAUGAAAGCGAAGGUAGAAAGGAAAAAAGUCACCGCCAUCAUCAUCGACACAGGGAGAGGAAGGAACGCUCCGAACCUGAAUUGGUUGAAAUCAUGGAAAGCCCAGAUUACGAAGAUGCAUCGAAGAAGGUUACACCGGAAGUGAAAGACAAAGAACAUGACGAGAGAAGAGCUAAACUUUUAGAAGCCGAACGGCAGAUGGCCCGCCGUAAGGAAGCAGCUAGAGAUGAGCUUCAAACCAGACGUCUGAUGAGACGAGAACGUGAACCUUCCGACUCCGCGGACGAAACCUCAAAGAAACAACAAGCCGACGACGAUGAAGAGAUGGAAAGUGCAGACGAAGCAACGAAGAAAAUCGCAAAGAAGAAGAAGAAAGCUAAGAAACGCGCAGAUUCCGACCGGUCAGACAGGGAAAUGCGUUCCGAGGGCGAGGACGACGACACCAAUUCGGACACUUCGUCUUCGAGCAGCGAUAGCGAUGAUUCCCGUGAUGCAACCGACGACGAAGAGAAACCGCCAGAUAGUCCUCUGUCAGUGGGCGAUUUGGCCAAGUCGGAUAGAAGACACAGAAGUGAUUCGCGCUCACGGUCCGGAUCAAGGUAUCGUUCGAGAUCACGAUCAACACGAUCUAGGUCUGCCUCCGGCUCCAGUAGAAGCCGAUCCCGAAGCCCCCGUCGUCGUCACGAAAGCAGCAGAAGCAUUUCACCUCGAUCCGAUCGCGAAGACGGGGACAAGCGGUCAAAAUCGAAAGACAAGGAUGAACCCAAAUCGCCACCAAUGGAAGUGGAACCGGAGGAACAGCUUCCUCCUUAUUUCCCCGGGAUUCAAGGUUGUCGCUCUGUAGAAGAAUUCCAAUGUUUGAACCGCAUAGAGGAAGGUACAUACGGAGUUGUUUAUCGGGCCAAGGACAAACGCACUGAAGAGAUUGUCGCUUUGAAGCGACUCAAGAUGGAGAAGGAAAAGGAAGGCUUUCCGAUCACUUCUUUGCGAGAGAUAAAUACUCUCCUCAAAGGACAGCACCCGAACAUCGUGACUGUGCGGGAAAUCGUUGUGGGAAGUAAUAUGGACAAAAUCUUCAUUGUAAUGGACUACGUCGAGCACGAUUUGAAAUCGCUGAUGGAAACUAUGAAACACAAGAAGCAAGUGUUCCUACCAGGGGAAGUCAAAUGUCUUACUCAGCAGUUACUUCGUGCUGUGGCCCAUCUGCACGAUAAUUGGAUCUUGCAUCGUGAUUUGAAAACAUCGAAUCUUCUACUUUCACACAAGGGGAUCCUCAAAGUUGGAGAUUUCGGUCUAGCUCGAGAGUAUGGAUCUCCCUUGAAGGCGUACACUUCGAUUGUGGUGACUUUGUGGUAUCGUGCACCAGAACUGCUUCUAUGCUGUAAAGAAUAUUCCACUCCGAUCGACAUUUGGUCCGUUGGGUGCAUUUUCGCCGAGUUCCUUGCAAUGACCGCCCUGUUCCCAGGCAAAACCGAACUGGAUCAACUGAAUCGAAUUUUCAAAGAAUUAGGUACGCCUAACGAGAAAAUCUGGCCUGGAUACAAUCAACUCCCAGCUGUACAGAAGAUGACGUUCACCGAGUAUCCCGUAUCGAACUUGCGCAAACGCUUCGCACACCAAACUAGCGAGUUGGGCAUCUCUCUACUCCAGGGACUGCUAACCUUCGACCCGAAGCAGCGUUUGACAGCGGAAGCCGGCCUCAAGCACAGCUACUUCAAGGAACUGCCCCUUCCCAUCGACCCGGCAAUGUUCCCCACGUGGCCGGCCAAGAGUGAGCUGGGGCUGAAAAAGGCACUCGCUUCCAGCCCGAAACCUCCGAGCGGCGGAGGAGAAUUCAAGAAAUUGGGUGACGAUCCCGUGGCAGAUAAUCCUGGUUUCCAUCUGGGUGCCACCUAUGCAGAAUCCCGCCAGAUGGCGAUGGGACCGGGUUUCAGUUUGAAGUUCUGAUAAAUGUGGUCACUUUCAGUUCCGCUCCGGGCUGGAUGAUCUGACACAGUUACAAACAAUUAUUACUCUGCUAUCAAUAAAAAAGUAAGUUAUUCUAGUUGUGUAGGUUUAGAACA